UCCAUAGGCUUUCUAGAAACACCCUUUAACCUAAUUGGCUGACCUACCCUCCCCGGAGGGAACUUGGCAAAUAAAACAGUGCGUUGUACUGUCUGGUAGUAACCAUUGUUAACAGGUUAUAUCACAAUAUGUCCUCAGAAAAGUGCUUCGCUAAAGGAAGUCCUGCUCCUGGUCCAGUGCCACAGGACAGGCUGCGUCUCUACAGCAUGAGAUUCUGCCCUUUUGCCCAGAGAACCAGAUUGGUGCUGCAUGCCAAGGGGAUCAAGUUUGACACCAUCAACAUCAACCUGAAAGACAAACCUGACUGGUUCCUCGAGAAGAACCCAUAUGGUCUGGUGCCUGUUAUAGAGACACCUGCUGGUGAAGUGGUGUUUGAGUCCAUGAUCACCUCUGAGUACCUGGAUGAAGUAUACCCUGAGAAGAAGCUGCUUCCAGCCACUCCUUUUGGAAAAGCCAAACAAAGAAUGAUGCUGGAACAUUUCUCCAAGAUUAUACCGCAUUUCUUCAAGAUCACAUCAGCAAGAAGAAAGGGUGACGAUGUGUCAGGAUUAGAGGCUGAGUUAAAAGAGAAGUUUACUGAUCUAAACAACCGCUUGGUGAAAGAGAAGACAAGGUUCUUUGGUGGUGAUACCAUAACCUUAAUCGACUAUAUGAUGUGGCCGUUCUUUGAGAGGCUUGAGAUGUUCGAGGUGCAACACUGCUUGAACCACACCCAUGAGCUGAAGAAGUGGACUGAAUACAUGCUGGAGGACCAAGCUGUCAAAGCCACCAUGCACAGCACAGAUAAUCACAGAGUUUUCUUCAAGAGCUUCCAGGAUGGUGAACCAGACUAUGACUAUGGCCUAUAGAAAACAAUUAGCUAAAGCCUCAUAGCCAUAGAUGUAUACUUGUUUUCAAAUUCUGCUUUGUGGCCAGUUUAUUCUUUAUCUCUCUCCAUUAGACUUUAUAUUUACAGGUCAUUUAUAAGUCAAAUUUGUAACCUGUGGGGUUUGUUCGACAUUUACAUGCUUAUUAGAUGUAUGUAACCUCUAUCAAUGUCAAAAAUAAACCAAUAAAAAACAUAAUGUGUUGUAUAAAAAAUA